AAAACACCCUCGCCCUGCUGUUCUGCACGCACGCGCUGGUCGUGAGAGCUUGUUCGUGGUGUUGUUGUUUUCCGAGGUCAAACUCUCAUCCGCGAGGACUGGCAGAACAAGAGACGUGAGGUUUGAGAAAGGAAGGGCUGGUCUGACAGGGCGAGGAAUCUAAUCAAGUGAGAAAGAAAAAAAAACAGACUCGAAGAGGGCGAAGAGAGACGGAGGCCAGGGGAACGCCUCGCCAGGAAAUUACCGGUCGCUGGCGGAUGCCCUGGAACCAGGUGUGGAUUGGGGUGGUCUGCGCGCGCUGCUGCUAGCAUCCCAUCAGGGUUAAGUGGAGGGGCCUGCCGUGUACCUUGGCCACCUGGUAAUUUGACCACGCCCUGCGGCCCCCUGUCGCUCACCAACAGCACCACACCUGCAGCACCCAACACCCACGGGUGAUGAUGGAUCACCAUCACCAACCCCGACCCACCAUCGACCACCGACCAUCGACCAUCGACCCUCACCCUCCACCCUCCACCAGCCCAGUGCCCUUCCCGUUGCCGAGACGUCCGGUGCGCUUCCGGGGCUGACUGAGGGGGGUCAUGAUUCCAUCAUUAUUCAGCUUUAUCAGCUUCAUCAGCGUCACUUGAGCACAGCGGGCUAUCUCUACACCGGCCUCCUUCACCCUGCAUUAGCAGCAUAUCCCAAUUUGGAGAUGGUGAUAAUACACGCUGUAAAAAUCUGAUGCUGGUCUGGUCUUGUAUCCCGCCGUCCGUGGAUCUCUUGAGGGCGUCCCGCCAAUCGGGCUCCUUGUUUGCCCGCUCCCAGUGGCACUCUCUCGUGCUGUCACUCCCAGAGCAGCAUAGCGCCAUCGUGAAGAGGCACAGAGAACCUCAGAAAUCUUUCAGGGUCAGGGUCAGGGCAUGCUCCCAAGACAAAGACACCAACAAAACUGCAGUGGUUGGAGAAGAUGGAGAACCCAAAAGGAAGUGGCAUGACCGAACGAGCGGUGUACAGUUUUACAAAACAGUUUCCACUGGAAAGCUGGGAGCGUCGCAUGCGUUAAUAUAAUUAUACGCGGAUGAGGUGAGCGGGCAGUGAUCGGUGAGCACCGCCGAAUACUUCGGGGCUAUAAAAGCUUGGGGAGGGGCUUGGUCUUCCCCAGGUGUACGCACUCUGUACUUCUCGCUCUACUCUCGGAAUCAUUCUCCGGCAGAGAAAUGCUUUUUUUGCUCUCGAAAGACAAGAUCAAGGAAAAGACACAAGCUUAAACUUUUGGAGAUGUCGUUCGAACAUAUGGAAAGUCAAAGCAGCCGCUGCGGGUUAAACAGACCGGUACCUGCAUGAAAAGCUGCCGAGUGUGGAAGGGAUGCCGCCGCUUGCAUCAUCCGUUCAGUGGCCCGACCCCCGACCUCCGGUUUGCGCUGCUUGUUGUCUCGCCUUGCUGGAGCUUUCUUCUCUGGUUAUCCCUCGGGUGUCGUGUGGCAAGCGUCGGCUUUCGCCGGACUCGGUCCAGUCGUUUUAGGGUCGGGAUCGAAGUUUAGAGAGAGAAAGAGAGCAACGCCAGGAAGAAUCCGCGGGGCACUUUUCCAUUCCCCGUUGCUGGAUUCCCCCCAUUGAGUAGUACAUCAGGGUCAUCAACAACUGUUUUGCUUCAUCGUUCUCUUUGUCGGUUUCAAAUUGUGGAUUUGUCCAACACCGCCACUCCAUUCGUUACUACACAUUGUGUCGUUCCAUCAUAUCGCCUUUCCAAGUUUGCCGGAUAUCCCCCAAUUUUUUCAAGGAAAAAGAAGUGGUGGUGGACACAAUGACGGCAUCGGAGCUCUGGAGACAUUCUGACCCUGAGGGGACCCAGAUGUGGAAGUUUCUGCAGCACGUAAACUCCAAGUAUGGACUGUCGUUGGCUGAUUAUCCCGAUCUCUACAAGUGGUCAGUCGACAAUGUGGCCGACUUUUGGGGGGACGUGUGGCAUUUUGCCGGCAUCAAGGCUUCCAAGCCAUUUGAUCAGGUCCUGGCUCCUGAUGCCCCCAUGUUCCCGAGGCCCGACUUCUUUGCCGGUGCCCGUCUGAACUUUGCCGAGAACCUCUUGUUCCCAGCCAACGCCGAUGUCGACGAGGAUGCCGUCGCCGUCAUCACCGCUACGGAGGAUGACAAUGCGUUGACGGAGACAACAUGGGCCGAGCUCCGCGAUCAAGUACGCAGGUGCUCCAAUGCUCUCCGUGCUGCUGGAGUGAAAGAAAACAGUGUCGUUGCUGGCUUCGUGGCCAACCACGUCCAGGCUCUCGUCGCCUUGCUCAGUGCUGCCACCCUCGGUGCGAUUUGGACUGGCAUCAGCCCUGACAGCGGCGUCAGCGCUGUCCUCGACCGUCUCGUUCAGAUCCGCCCCCAGGUUCUCUUCUCCGACAACGCCACCAUCUACAACGGCAAAGAAUGGUCCGGCAAGGCUAAGACGCUCGAAAUCGUCGAGGCUCUCAAGCAACACGGUCUCGAAACCGUCGUCAUCAUCAAAGGCCUCCCCAACUUUGAGACCGGCCUCGAUGAGUUCCGCAACCUGGGCGUCAGAGCAGAGGAGCAUGACUCCUUCCUGUCUUCCUCUGCCGACCACCCUCUGGUCUUCACCCAACUUACCCCAUCCCACCCCCUCUACGUCCUUUAUUCGUCCGGCACCACCGGCCUCCCCAAGGCGAUAGUCCACACGGCAGCCGGCACCCUCCUCCAGCACAAGAAGGAACUCUACCUCCACUGCUCCUUGUCCCCAGCCUCGAGGAUGCUGUACUUCACCACCACCUCCUGGAUGAUGCACCACUGGUCCGUCUCUGCCCUCUCCUGCGGCGCCUCGUUGGUUCUCUACUCGGGCAGCCCCUUCAAACCGAACGGCUACCUCUCCCUCCCCAUCCUCCUCUCCAAGCUGAAGGUAACCCACUUUGGCACCUCAGCCGCGUACCUCACCACCCUCGAAGCGAACAGCGUCAUCCCUAUUGCGUCAGAGCACAACCUUGACCUUUCUCGACUGGAGGCAAUCUACUCCACCGCCUCCCCCUUACCCCCCUCAACCUUUUCGUUUGUGUAUCAAGCUUUUCCCUCUCGUGUCAACCUGGCGAGUAUCACAGGCGGAACAGACAUCAUCUCCCUGUUUGGGGCCCCCUGUCCUUUACUCCCCGUCAAGGUUGGGGAGAUUCAGUGCGCGGGACUUGGGAUGGCGAUUGCGGUCAUGGACUCGGCGUCUUCAUCCGCCGAACCGGAGCUGGUCACGACUGAAGGGGAAGAAGGCGAUCUGGUCUGUCUCAAGCCGUUUCCUUGCCAGCCUUUAACCUUUUUCGGCCCUGCUGGACAGGACAAGUACCGCUCUGCGUAUUUUGAGAGGUUUGGGGAGAACAUCUGGCAUCACGGGGAUUUUGUCAAGAUUCCUGACUCGAAAACGGGGGGGUUGGUCAUGUUGGGGCGGAGUGAUGGGGUGCUAAAGCCGGCGGGGGUUAGGUUUGGGAGUGCGGAGAUUUAUAAUGUGCUGACGAGACAUUUCGGGGGGGAGGUGGAGGACGCGAUUUGUGUGGGGAGGCGGAGAGAGAGGGAUAGGGAUGAGACGGUUUGUUUGUUUGUUGUUAUGAAAGAAGGGAAAGGGUUUGAUGAGGGGGUUAGGAGGCGGAUUGGGGAGGUGGUGAGACGGGAGCUGAGCGCGAGGCAUGUGCCGGGGGUGAUUGAGGAGGCGGGAGGGGGGGUACCGAAGACGGGGAAUGGGAAGAAGAUUGAGGUGGCGGUGAAGCAGAUUUUGAGCGGGAUGCAGGUGAGGACGAAUGCUAGUGUUGCUAAUCCGGAGGCGUUGGAGUGGUUUAAGGGGUGGGCCAGGAGGGAGGAGGAGAGGGAGAGGUUGCCCAAUUGAUGGGGAUGAUGACCUGAUGUAGGAAUGGGCUGUUUUGAUAUUGUGUCUAGGUAUGAAUAGAUUGACAUUGAAGCAAAUGGCUGGCGGGCUGUAGAAGGACAACCUCGACGGGAGGUUCAGAGAGCAAUCAACUUGGGCUGGUUUUAAACUACACGUAUGAAAAUGGCAUAGUAUAAAAAGGCAUGAUUUGUUUUGGCAGGGGCCAGAGUUGUUCUGCUUGCUCGUCGAAACUCAUCAAAAUUAAAAUCUAGCCAUGCCACUCCCAAGCUGGACUUUGAAGCAUUAUCAAUCCACAUUAUUGCUAGCAAAGCUUGUACCUUGCAUGUCGUAUUCAUAACCACCAUUCAAUCAUAGACCUCAUGACCCAAAGGAAAGAUUAUGAAAAGAUUGACCCCUGGGAAAAAAAGAAGAAAGUUUUGACCACUACCCCCCGCUUAUGCUCAUCAAACACCAAAAACACCUC